AUGGCCUUUUCACCCACUGAAGAAGGAUCAAUUACUACAUUCACCAAUCCAACACUAGGCGAUGAACAAUUUAAUGUGGAUGAAUUAGACAUUCAAGAACAAGUAGGGUACAAUUUCGACGAAAUUACCGAUGUCGUUGUGACUAGAAAGGAUGAGCUGGACGAUGGAGGCCAGUUGCCGGAUCAUAGUGGCGUAGGUGAAGAGGAAAUUCCAGUCGUAGGAAUGAGUUUUGGUUCGUUGCCUCUCGCACAGAAAUUUUAUGCAAACUAUGCAAAGAAAGUUGGGUUCGUUACUAAAAUCAGGAACACGAAUUUUGACAAGACGCGGAAGGAAUCAAAGGUACCGGUUAAUCAAUCUAUUUACUGCACGCGUGAAGGUUAUCGAGAGUCUAGGGUGAACGCAGCAACUCGAGCAAAUAGAAUUACAGCCACGAGAUGCAAAGCAACGAAUCCAAGGAUGUAUGUCGUGCUGGACAAUGAGAAUGAAUGUUGGGUUGUGUCUAGAUUAGAACUGAGGCAUUCUCACCCUUGUUCGGCUGAGAAAGCUGUCCAUUAUCAUGAGUACCGGGAGCUGACCAUGCAUGCUAAGUGCGUCAUUACGGAUAACGACGAGGCUGGAAUAAGACCCAACAAGAUGUAUCUAGCCCUAGCAAACGAGAACAGUGAUCACAAUUUCGUCCACCAGUCCGCAAACCUGGGUUUUUCAGAAAAGGAUGUCAGAAAUUACAUCACACGCAAUCUCCGAUGUUCCGAUGACAACGAGGACUUCCAGGGGAUGAUGAAUUAUUUUGUUCGAAUGAAGGAGAUCAAUCCCAACUUCUUCUAUGCAAUAGAUGUUGACGAUGCUAAUAAGUUUAGGAGCGCACUUUGGGUAGAUGCAAGGUGCAGGGCUUCGUAUGAAUAUUACGGAGAUGUGGUGUCGUUUGACACCACAUACAGAAGAAACAGGCAUGGUCUGCCGUUUGCAUCCUUUGUAGGUGUAAACCACCAUGAGAAGUCUACUCUUCUUGGCUGUGCUUUACUUGGGAGCGAGGAGAUCCCUAAUUUUGAGUGGGUUUUCACGCAGUGGGUGAGAUGCGUCGGAUCUGCACCAAGGGAUAUUAUCACUGACUAG